AUGACUUCAGCACCCACGGUACAGCCGAAAUUCCUGCCCAGUCGCCAUGACUUGGGUCUUGUUGCGGUUGGCUUCUCUGGAGGCCAGACCAAAGCAGGUGUUGAUGCCGCUCCCAUGGCCCUCAUCGAGGCAGGCCUGAUCCAGCAACUGGAAGAGGACCUCGAUUUCAGCGUUACCUACGAUGGCCAAGUCCACUCCUAUACUGAUAUCAUGCCCAAAGAGGACCCGGAUUACCGCAACAUGAAGAAGCCGAGAGCUGUCAGCGCCGUCACCCGCGCCUUGAGCCAACAGGUCUAUGAGCACGCCAAGAGCGGCAAGUUCGUACUGACGCUGGGUGGAGACCAUUCAAUUGCCAUUGGAACCGUCUCCGGCACGGCGAAGGCGGCGCGGGAACGACUUGGGAAGGAAAUAGCUGUCAUCUGGGUGGAUGCACACGCGGAUAUCAAUACUCCGGAGACUUCUGGGAGCGGCAACAUCCACGGCAUGCCGGUUGCGUUCCUGACCGGGCUGGCGACGGAAAAGGACGAGGAUAUAUUCGGUUGGAUACAGGACGACCAGCGUAUCAACGUCAAAAAGCUAGUCUACAUUGGGCUCCGGGAUAUCGACCGCGGAGAGAAGAAGAUCCUAAAGGAGCAUGGCAUCAAAGCGUUCUCGAUGCAUGAUAUCGACAAGCAUGGUAUUGGUAGAGUCAUGGACAUGGCACUUGGUUGGAUCGGAAGCGAUACGCCCAUCCAUCUGUCCUUCGACGUCGACGCCAUAGACCCAAUGUGGGCUCCGAGCACCGGAACGCCAGUCCGAGGCGGCCUGACGCUUCGUGAAGGCGACUUCAUCGCCGAGUGCGUUGCCGAGACGGGCUCUCUCAUUGCUCUAGAUCUGGUAGAAGUCAACCCCAGUCUAGAUAUCAAGGGAGCUAGCGACACGGUCCGAGCAGGUUGCUCAAUCGUUCGCUGCGCCUUGGGGGACACACUGCUAUGA